AUGGAUGGAGAAUAUAUUGAGUCUAACAAAUCGAUCGUUUCCUUGAUUCUAGGUCAACUUUUAGGUUUUCCUAAUUUCAUUCCGCCGUAUGCUACCGUAACUGACCAAGAGAUCAGCACAGGAGUAAACUACGGCAGUGGUGGCGCUGGUAUUCGAGAAGAAUCUGGAAGUCAUCUGGGUGAUCGGAUCAGCAUGGAUAAGCAACUACUUAAUCACAAGGCAACAAUUUCACGACUUUCGGCCUUACAAAGCAACAAGACAUUUACCCAUGAAUACCUAAAAAGAUGCAUUUAUUUAUCAUAUAUAGGAAGUAGCGAUUACAUCAACAACUACUUAAUGCCUAACAUUUACCCUACGAGCAAUAUGUAUACCAUCGAUAAGUAUGCAACAGUCCUUGGGAAACAAUACUAUCAACAACUAAGGACUCUUUACAGUAUGGGAGCUCGGAAGGUUGCCGUGUUUGGUCUGGAUCAGAUUACUAGAUCUGCCCCAGUAGAUACAUCAAGGUUUGGAUCUAACAAAAUAGUUGUCUCCGACAUUGACUUGAUCAAUAUUACUAUCAUCAAGCAAAUUAGUGAUACUCUUAGUAAUGCUAUUGAUCGGCUCAACAAUGAUAACACUGAUGCAAGAUUCACAUUCAUCAAUCUUGCUAGCAUUUCAGCACCACAAGGAGUUUUAUCAUUGCCAAACAUUCCUUGUUGUCCAGUAAGGGCAGAUGGAGGAUGCAUUCCAAACUCCAUCCAUUGCCCAGAUCGAGAUGCAUCUGUUCUCUUCGACCGUUUUCAUCCUACGGAUAUUACAAACACAGUCCUUGCAAAAAGAGCAUAUAAUGCACUCUCUCCCAUGGAUGCAUUUCCAUAUGAUAUUAGUCAUUUGGCUCAGCUUUAA